UUAUCCGCCCAGUGGUAGGCCCCCACUCUAUAUACAUACACGUGUUUCACCAUACCUACACCUUUUACACCAGGGGGUUGAAUUUCUUCUUAUGUUUAUAUUACCAUAACAAAACUCACUGGAUCCCAAACAUCACAAGAAAUUAUUUUCACAAUAAAAAUAUCAUGGAAUCCAUGUCUUGCAUCCAAAAACCACAAUAUCUCCUUAUGUUAUUGCAGUUCCGGUGCACCUUAUUUUCUCUUGAAGUUCAAAGGAGAUGGGAGAUGUUACAUAUCUACUGUAAGUUUCUCCUUCCACCACCCAUGCAACUGAUAAGAAGAGAUGUUAUACUCGAUCUUAGCCAAAAGGCCUAGAAAAGUAUUUCUCCACUCAUAAAAGAAAUCAAUGACCAAAAGAGAGCCAGGAAUGUAUUUCUCAUGCAAUGGCUAAUUAUGCAAUUUGUUGAAUGCUGAUAUACACGGAGAAUUGGGUAAAUUCACCUGGGCAACAGGAAGACAAUUCGUGGCAGGCUUUUGUGUUUGUACCAAAAGAUAACUGGUAUAUUGCAAAGGCAAGUUCCAUGCCCUUAAAGUUCUCAUUUUCGUACUUGGGAACUAUUAGGUGAUCUCAAGUUAAUUGGAAACUAACAUCUUUGUAUUACAAGUUCAACUUGAAAACUAACAUAAUUGGAUUUUGGUGCUGCCUUCAUUGUAGAACCAAGGAAGUUAAUUGCAAUUUUGUCAAUUUCACUGUGUCUAGUGGAUUUUUGCAAUUCAAUUAAUUAGUGCAUCCAAAUGCAGCCCAAACGUAGCCAACAUAAAUUCAUUAAUUGGGUUCUUAUUUUCAAUAGGUUUGCUGGUAAUUUACUCAAAGGGCAGACAGUUGGAGUGAUUGGAGCAGAAACUCCUACAUCAAAAACCAAUGAGAACAGAUGGAUAAGAAUGAAGUGCAGCCACAAGGUCCUUCCCAAUGCUCCAAAGACAAUGGCCACAUCAAAAGAACAACACUCUCGCCCCUUUGAUCCUCGUGAUCGGGACAGCAUGGUGAAAGCGGCCAUCGAAGAUUGGAAGCGGAAAACGCAGUCCUCUAGUGGUGGUUCACCCUCAAAUAAUUAUAAAAGACGCACAGGAGAAAUUAUCAGUAUAGCUGUUGGAUGUGCAAGUGGACUACUGAUACUCACAUCCAUUUUCUAUCUAUGGUGGAUGAAGGAUGCACUUGGCCAUAUGCAAGUGCACACAGACUCACCAAGAUUUAUAUUUUCAGCAUUAUUGUUAUUGUAAUUGUAAUUAUAAUUGAUUGAAUGAGUGAUUGUAAUUGAAUGAAUGAAUGAUUAUGCAGGUGGUAAUUGAAUGAAUGAAUGAUUAUAAUUUUUUUAUAAUGUAGGCAAUAGCUACGAAUAUUGACCAUAGCUGUUAA